UACUAGGAGACACCUAUAAUAAGACCUAUUCCAAUGACUCACACAGCAUAUACGUUUGGCUGGAGUCUGUAACUGGCUAGAGAGUCUUCAAGAUGAAGUUCAUUCUCGCUUGUCUUGCUUUUGUUGCCAUUGUCUUCGCCGAGGAAGAUGACCUGGACAAGAGAAUAGUCAACGGUGAAAAGAGCGAGCUCUAUGCUCACCCCCACCAGGCUUCGCUUCAACUCUACCAUGCUACUUACGGAUGGUACCACAUCUGUGGCGCUGUGCUCAUUGGACCAAAUAAGUUAGUGACUGCAGCCCACUGUCUUGAUGGUCAAAACCCAAACAACCUACGUAUCGUGGUGGGAGCCUUGAACCUAGACGAUCCCACCCCCUACCAACAGACAGUGGCCGUGGCCUCUAUCGUCAUCCACCCACAGUACAACGGCAACGGAAAUGGAAUCCCCAAUGACAUUGGCAUCAUCUACCUGGCAAUAUCUGUCACCUACAACAAGAAUGUACAGCCCGCCACCAUAGCUCCAGCCGGGUCAAGCUUUGCCAACACCCAAUGUGUCAUCACCGGCUGGGGCCGCACCGUUGGUGGUGGACCCACUGCAAGACACCUGAAACAGGCUUACAUUACCAAGAUUUCCAAGAGCACCUGCAACAGCUAUUGGCUUAGAUACGGGCAGAUCAUCACAGACAACCACAUCUGUGUCUUUGAGGCAUCAGAUCCAGCUGGUACUCGUCCCAGUGCUUGCAACGGAGACAGUGGCGGCCCCAUGAUGUGUGGAACCAACUUCCAGUACUUGGCUGGUGUUACCUCUUGGGGUGUUAGUACCUGCAGCGGUGACUUGCCCAGUGUGUACACACGUACAUCUGCCUACAUCAAUUGGAUUACAGUCAAUUAAUAGCUGAGGUCAAAGUUCACUUAAUAAAUAAAUUUUUGAGUUUCAUUUAAAUAAAAAAUUCUUUUUGUUG